AUGAUACAAGAACCUGAUGUUUCCUCCACCCAACUUGUUGUCUCGGAGGCCAGCAGAUACAGCAUUCUCGCAACAGACAUCAUCCUCCCAGCAGACAACAUUCACCCAGCAGACAACAUUCACCCAGCAGACAACAUUCACCCAGCAGACAACAUUCACCCAGCAUACAACAUCCUCCCAGCAGACAUCAUUCUCGCAGCAGACAUCAUCCUCCCAGCAGACAACAAUCACCCAGCAGACAACAUUCUCCCAGCAGACAACAUCCUCCCAGCAGACAACAUUCACCCAGCAGACAACAUUCACCCAGCAGACAACAUCCUCCAAGCAGACAUCAUUCUCGCAGCAGAUAUCAUCCUCCCAGCAGACAACAAUCACCCAGCAGACAACAUUCUCCCAGCAGACAACAUCCUCCCAGCAGACAACAUCCUCCCAGCAGACAUCAUCCUCCCAGCAGACAACAUCUUCCCAGCAGACAAUAUCCUCCCAGUAGACAACAUCCUCCCAGCAGAAAAAAUUCUCCCAGCAGACAACACCCUCCCAGCAGACAAAAUUCUCCAGGAACACAGUAUCUAG